AUGGUAGACAGUUCAAAGGAAUUCAGACGGUGUGUGGCCAGAGAAGACCUUUUAGAAAGGGGCAUUCUCCAGUGGCAGAGGAAAAAAACUGCAUUCCCAACAAGUGUUCUCAAGGUGGGCUAUAUUGGAGAGGCAGGUAUCGAUACAGGAGCACUUAGGAAAGAGUUUCUAACAGAUAUGAUUUCAGGUAUUGAACAAAGAUUCUUUGAAGGACCUGAAAGGCAGGGUAAAAAUCCAAAGUUUUCACUCACGGACCUUGAUAGUGAAACCUUCAGAACUGUUGGAGAAAUCAUUGCUGUUAGCCUUGCCCAAGGUGGCCCAGCUCCAGCGUUUUUUAAAGACUGGUGCUACAACUUUUUCUGCAGUGGAGAAGUGGACUUUGGAUCUCUGACUAAAGAGGAUGUAACAGAUUUGGAAUCUGCCCUGCUAAUCACCAGG